UUCCGGCUCCCUCUGAGGGCAGAGGCCGGGGAGCGCCACAGCCCCGUCCGUCAGCUCCGGUGCCGCUCCCGGCCCGUCCGCCGGCGGCUGCGCGCGCCUCUCCCCUUCCUCCUCCUCCUCCUGCCGCGGCCGCUGCCCCCGCGGCAGGGAUGGAGGCCAUCGAGGAGCUGGCGGUCCAGCCCUGCACCUCCUCCCUCUACCUGCGGCCUUUCCGCCUCUCUUACCGGCAGAAUGGCACAAAGAAGUUCUGGGAUUUUAUGAGGACACAUGACAGUGUGUCAAUCCUGAUCUUUAAUACUUCUCGGCAGUGCUUUGUUGUGGUGAAGCAGUUCCGCCCAGCUGUUUACAUGUGUGAAAUAGAAAGGCAUCAUCCUCAAGUCUUUGAGAAUCAGGAUAAGGAGAGCUUCCCUUCCCUGGAAAAUCCCUUACCUGCUGUGGUUGGAGUGACCUAUGAACUCUGUGCUGGCAUUGUGGACAAACCAGGCCUUUCUUUAGAAGAAAUUGCUUGUGAGGAAGUUUUGGAAGAGUGUGGCUAUUGUGUUUCCAUUGCAGACCUCAGGAGGAUCACUUCUUACAGGUCUGGAGUUGGUGUGACAGGUUCUAGGCAGACUUUGUUUUAUGCAGAAGUAAAUGACCAGAUGAGAACCAGUGGAGGAGGUGGCCAGCCUGAAGAAGGAGAGCUGAUUGAAGUUGUGGAAAUACCUUUAGGAGAAUCCAUGAAGUUUGCUUAUGAUGAGACUUUCCCGAAGACAAUGGGUGUCAUCUUCAGCUUCAUGUGGUUCCACAACAACAUAGCACCUAAACUACCCAAAAAGUAAAGCACCACGAUUUUAAGGAAAGCUUUUCUGCUGGUGCUGUGCAUGCAGAAAGCUGCAAAUCUGCCUGCCUCAAUCAACUCAACUUCUCACAAGAGAAAUAUUUCUUUAAAUAAAUUUGGAAGUAAAAUCUGAAUUUAAACCUUCACACAAUUUCCAUUAUUAGCAAAACGCUAACUGGCAUCACUGGAGAUUUGCCUUGGAGAGGCAAAUGUUGAUUUUUGUGCCAAGGUUAAGUGAAUGUGUCCAGUUCUCCUUUCUCACAGCACUGUUUUGAGGAGCUGCCCAAGCCCUCAGCCCAGCUGCCUCAGGAGCCUCUCACCGUGUCUGUACAUACUGGCAAUGUGUAUUCAUUGUCAGUUUUGAUUUUUUUUUUUUUUAAGAAAGCAACAAACCUUAAUAGUCACAGGUACCUUGACAACGUUCCUGAGUUCAGCACAGCUUUCAGGGAGCAGCUCUCUCUGUGGUGUGUGGCUCCUGUGCAGAGGAGGGGUUUGCAUUUCUGAACAUGCAGACCUUUAUUUCAGAAGCAAACAGCUCUGUAAAUCCUGCUAACGUGUCACUUUGACAAUGGAGCAGCUGUAAGAUUAUGUGCUCCUUGUUGUUCCCAUCACAAUGCUGGGCAGCAGUGAUGGUGAUGGAGGGGUGAAGGAUGGGGGCUUCUGCUGGAACACAUGCUUCUUUGUUUGCUUUAUGGGCAAUAGUUGAUAAAUUAGAUCAAACUUUGUCCUCUAGAGCGGGACCAGAGAGGCCGAAUUCUUUUAAUUUGACUGUGAGGUGAUUAACACAAGGGAUUUCUCUGAGGUUUGAUGUGGUCUCUUAUUUCCUUACCACCCAAAUGGGAGGAAUGGAACUUAUCCCUUAGAUAACACUUCUUGGAAUCUAAUGAUUGGAAGUGCUUUAUUGUGAUUUUAUCAUGAUUUGUGCAGUUUACAUGAAAGCCUGUGCAACCUGCCCAGACGUACUGAGGAAUGGCUUUUAAAAUCAACGUCUUGAUUUAAUAAUUUGAUUUAAUAAAGUGGUCUAAUUAGAACAUAUAGUACUUGUUCUAUCAGUGUAGUUUGGAUGUGGACUGUUUGUCAUGUGGAACUGUUAAGAGCAUGAAUGAAACAGAAUGAAGUCUGGCAAUUUAAUUAUGCACUGGGUUAUGUUAUUCACUGACUUAAUCAAUAUGCCCACAUUAUAAAUGCCUCCAGGAGUACUGAAGUGCUAAGUGUGUUUAGAAGAGAACUGCAAAUAUGCAAACUUGAACUUAACAGCUGAAAUGAAUGCAGCAGAGGUGUCUGAUGGUGUCCAGUGGCUGAUUUUAAAUCACUGCUUAUCUCAAUAGGUGUAUAAAUUUUAAAAAAAGGUGUUUUUAAAAAAGAGCUUUUAGAAUUGCUGCUUGCUGGUUCUCCUCCUGAUAGGGAGGAAAGGUCCUUGGAAAGCCACUGAAGAAGGAGCAGCCUCUGCCUGUGGAGUCAGGCUAUUUGUGGAAGUUCAGACACAGCUGGGCCUGGUGCAUGGUGAGUCAAGGGCUGAGUUAUUGUGAGAAGCAAAUAAAUUCUGUCUGUCUGAUGUAUUUACAUUGGAAGGUGUUUCAAGGUGGGGUCUCCACUGCUCUGUCUAGUACACUGUGUCAUGAUUGCUGCUGAGGCCUUUGUGAACUACUACAGUCCAUAGAAUAAAUAAUGCCUUUUAUUCCAGGCUGUAGUAACAAAAGUUUCUAUUUGAUUCCACCAAAAUUACGGGUAGCACAGCAGCUUAUUUGCAUACAUGUCAAAAAUCUUUUUUCUGUAUAAUGCAGAAAUUGGGAAAAAUAAAGUAUUUUGCCCCUCCAAGGCGCGGUGACUGUGCCUCUUAAUGUACCAAACCUCCCCAGGGGCAGUGCCAGGCUUGCCAGAAUCUGGCCUCAGGUCCUGCUGCUUCCCAGGGGUGGGGUGAGAGCUGGAGGUCACCCUGUGGGAAGAGGGGGACAUGUGGCAGCAUGGAGGGGUGUGGGGAGGAAGCCACAGGGGUGGCAGGGUGGCAUCAGUGCUCUGCUUGCUCUGAGGUGACCUCACCAACACAGCCUACAGGCUCCAGAGUGUUUUUAGGCAGGUGAUACUCGUGGAUAAUGGUGAUGGAGGGCAGUGGCAUGAGCUGGGCAUUCCCUCCAUGAUGUAGGCAGCCAGACAAGCUUUGUCCCCACUUCCCAGUCUGCUCCUCCAGGGCUCUACUGGGCACACACCUACAGACUCCUGGGGGACUGCAGUGGCUCUGAAGCCUUUACACCCCAAGGGAUGCAGGGCUCCAUCCCUGUGCUCUGCCUCACCAUCCCCACAUUGUGCAAUUCCCAAACGCACAAAACAGUCACAGGAUUGCUUCCAUUUUCUUCCACAGUUUGGGAAUUAUCCACAGAAAGAGCAGUGUACUGAAAGCUGUGCAUCAAACAAUGAGGGAUCUGGAGUUCAAUCUGCAAUAUGAAAUAUAAAUGUGUCUUCAACCUCUUACUUUUUCCAUGUCAGUUUUGGUGGGAGAUUUUAUAAGCCAUUAUGAAGGUUUGAAAAUGUG